AUUGAAAGCCCCCAAAGACGACUGGGCGAUGGAGCUUCGCUAUUGGGUUCCAAUACAAAUGCAACCGUACCCAUCUUUCUACCACCCGCCUCUUCCACAGGGACGUCUCCGAGGGCGGUUGCGGAGACUCCUCAAAUUCCCCGAGCCGGUGCAGGUCGACAGGCCCUGCUGACAUGGGUUGAGCAGUCGCUUUCCACUCAUGAUCCAGGAAAGCCCCCAACUUCAAACGUCGUCAUCAUGCCGACUUAUUUAUUUUUUAGGCCUUUGAACUUCAAAGUUACCGAUUUCGGUACCUGUUGGCGAGAUGGAAAAGUCUUCCGCGCUCUCAUCAAUUGGCUGAAGCCCAAUUCGAUCGAUAUCAAAGCGACUGAAAAGUUGACCAAUCGCGAAAAGUUGGAACACGCAUUUCAGGUGGCUGAAUCCAAACUUGGGAUUCCUCGUCUUUUGGAUCCCGAAGUUGUAACACCCUGUUGGUGCCUAACUGCCAGGCCACUCGAAAAAAGCACGAGAGAUGAGAUAAUGGCUAGUUGCUCAAGUCUAGACAAGAGCAGUCGAGAUGCUGAGGUUGGGUUCGAACUACAAACCUACCGAUCAGUAACCACUGAGCUCGAGAUAGAUGUGGACGUUGACAAACCGGAUGAGCGUUCAAUCAUGACGUAUGUGGCUCAGUUUGUCAGAGAAUCUCCGAGUUUAGCAGAACCCAAGUCGGAUGCGAAAAAGACGGCCAAGCCCUCCGAAUCUCCAAAACGAAGCGAUGAAAGAAAAUCCCGAAAGUCUUCCAAUGCGGAGCGAGUGAGGAGGUCCUCCAAAUCCUCCAAGCAUCAACUCAGUCCAACUACUCAAGCCUCAGUCGAACCAGAUCCGGAUAUAGAUCCGUCACUGGUGCUUAGCUCUUCCACUGCAUCCGGUCUAAGCGAUUGGCGUCGAUCGCGUCGAGUUAGUUACGGUGGUGUGAAUUCGAUGGAUGAUGAGGCUAUCCGUAGUCUUAUUCUUGCCACCACACCUCCGGAAUCAUUGGAUGGAAGCUUGUCUCCGUUAGGGAACUCCUUCGCGUCGGGAGUUUUAUCCACCUCAUUGCCUACCCGAAUGCCCGGGUCUUCCCAAUCAUCUGGCUCGCCGCACUACCCGAUAUCACCACAUCGAAAUGUACGUGCCAAAUCUUACGCUGGACUUCGCCUUUGUCGUGCGGCUAAAAAUGUUUCUCGGUGUCAGGCGAUGGCCCGAAUCAAAGUGACUGCAGAACCACCAAAAGCCACACGAAACAUUGUCCCCGUCUUACAUUUGGAGGACGAGGUGAUCAUUGGUGUCUCGUACAUUUGUUGUGAUCUUCACGACUGUCUGCACAGGUCCCCCGGCUAUAACUACAUGAAACUUAUUUAUUCCGAAAUAUUCCCCCUACAGGCCACUGUAGAGAAUGAACAAGCGGAGAAGGAGCGCACUUUUCUGAUAAAUAUUAAAGAACUGAUUGCUCGGGUGCGCCAUGGACCGAUUCAACCAGAAGAUUAUUUCAGCGAAUUCGAAUUUCUUAUGCAAGCUCAAAUGGAACACGAAAGCCUUGCCGCGUAUAUGUUGGAACUGACAGACCGCAAGCGACAGGGUCUACUUAUUGGCCUAAGACCAGAGGAGCUGGAUCAGAUUCAGGCGGAGUGGAAUCGGGUGAAACCACACUUGGAUGAAUGGCGGUGGCGCUUGGAUGAUGCACUUCCAGGAGACUGGCACCCGAUAGGUCGCUGGUUGGCGCAGAUCGAACGGCGUUUGAUCAAAGAUGCCGACGUGGCCGGACAACUUGGGCUAGAGAUGUCCCCUGAUGGAGCAAAGCUAUCACUAGCAGAACGUGUUGAGCUCGUCGAAAAAUGUCUAGCUGAACACGAGGAGUCAAUGGCAAAAUUUGGAGAGAUAAAAGCACUUUUCACUCGACUCAAGGAGAAGAAUAUAGAACUACAAAAGGCAGCUGAAAAGGCUGCCAACGAUCCAGAGUCUUUGGCUAAACUGGAGGUUCGUUUGCCGGAAACAAUCGUUGUUGCACUGGAAAACCGUAUUCUUGGUGUGGAAUUGGAUGGGCCUCCGGCCAAACGCCGAUUGGAACGGAUCGCGCUCCGAUGGAAAUUAGCACAUAGAGUGGAUGAACUGAGAACUAAUCUGAGCACCUGGCAUUCGGUUCGAUGCAAACAACGAAGUGAAGUUCGUUCCCAUUUGGAACGAAUCAGAGAGUAUCUGGCGGCCUUCAGUUACCCAGAUGGUGUCAAUACAGAUUUAAUGCAGCUGGCUGAGUUGACAUCUUCGCGUGAUGACGAAGCUACGGGUGUGGCAGAACGUCGCAGACAACUGGAGGCCAUGUCUGGAGACGAAAAACACCAAUUUUUCACAUCCGCUUCCAGCCAAUUUCUUUCCAUGUGUGCUGGCGGUGGAACUGCCAUGCUGGUUGAUAGUGCGGAAACGGAACGCAAAGAAGCAAGCAUGUUUCUGAGCUCCAUCAGAACUCGCUGGUUAGAUGCUUGGAGAGACGUUGAAGAACUGCAACAUCACCUCGAAGAGUUGGAGCUGAAGUGGGAGUCUUACGAGGCGGAGAAAGCUGCCCUCAAUUCCUGGGUUGCAAACGCGAGGAGAAUUUUGAACGAUGAAUCAGCGACUUCGGCCGAUCGAGUUCGGCUAUACGAAGAACUGUCUCAGUGGCGAGCCCGUAUUUCUGCCUUGAAUGACUUGGGUCACGAGUUGAUGGGUCAUUGUGACAUUUCUGCGGCAUCUGCAUUGGAUGAUGAACUGGCGGGUGUGAAUUCUAUCUGGGAUGAAAUCAGUCAAGAAGUAAGUGAAUCGAUUCUUUCCAUUUUACUUUUUUUUCUCCAGGUUGUCCGGUCAGCGGAGUUGAAUCGUAUGGAUAAACUAAAGUAUCUACAUGGCACUGCGCUUGAUCGAAUCAACACCUUGGUCAGAUCUACCGAGCGGCUCUUGGAUCAAAAGUUUACACUACCAGAGACCACGGAUGCCGACAAAGCCUAUGAGGCUACAGCUGCCUAUCGAAAGCAGUUAGAAGAGGCGCGAAUGACAUUGUUAAAACAAGCAGAACAGGACUACCUAGUACCUCUCUUUUACCUCGAAACCGUUCAGGAUGCCCUUCGAGCUGCUGAAGAAUUUAUGGCGGCAGCCAAAAGAGGUGAGGCAGAUAUGUCCGAGGCGGAAGCUUUGAUGGCCCAGGUUCGUGCGGCCAAAGUGCGUCUUGACAAACUGGCUAAUGAAGAGGUUCCAAAUCGACUGGAACAGGUAGAGGAAGCUACGAAAAAGGCCAUCGAGCUCACCAUGCAUUUGGCCCCAGUCAACUCUUGGAUGCAGAAGAGCGAGUUUGCGGUGGAAACUGGUGAUUUUGAAACCGCCGAGCUCAAUCUGGACUUGAGUGGACUCUCAACCGAAGAGGCAUUGAACAAAUUGAUGGUGAGGUUUUUUCUGGGACUGAGUAACUUCCUGUCACCAUCGAGAGGUGGAUCGGUUCAGUUCAGUUCAUCGGCUAUAAACCACCUAUCAAUGAAUCAUUUCAGCGCUCUGGAGCAGCAUGAGAAAACUCUUACUGAGGUUGAAGAUCGUCUGAAUGACUUGAAGGCAACCGGUUUGAAACAUGUGGACGUGAGCCAAUUGGAACUGGCCACAUCCGAGGCAAGACGGAAGUUUAAUGUAAGUAUCCUUCGAGCUACUGCCAGUCGUUAUCAAAUCAUGCUUGAAAAGCGCCGUGCCGCCGAAAGCACGUUCGAAGCGUCAGUAUCGGAAAUUACUGACUGGCUGAACGAAGCAGAACGACUACUCCAAAUGGACCUCGGAGCACUAGAGAAACAUGCGAAACAGGCAGCAUCUAGUGACUUUCUUAAAGAUCAAUGGGAAAGUCACCAGGCAUUUUUCCACAAAUCACAAGAGCCUGCUCGUACCUCUUUGAUCAGCAUGAAUAAAAAAUACGAGGCACUAAUCGCCUUGUAUAAUGAGUCGGUCUCUGCGGACCUCGGCAAUCUGAGUGAGCAGUUUGUGAAAGAAGAAGAUGUAGCAAACCUGGCAUCCGAUGCAUCAGCCAAAGUACAGGUUUUACGCGAAAGAUACGAGGACGUCUUGGCUCGUGCACGUCAAGGGCAAAUUGAGUUACGUUAUGCAAUGCUGGAAUCGUUGAUGCGGGAACAGUUGGAAUUGAUGAAUGGCACACUGGCCGAAGAAGAGUCCCGUGUAGCGUCUGGUGAAUCUCUGUCUUCCGUCCUCGCGGACCAUGAGAAUUUUUUCAACAAAUCUGACGUGAGUCGAGUGUGUGAAGAAUUGCUUCGAGAAAUGCGCGAACUCAGUGAAGAAAUGGCUCUGUUGGAUUUGCGUGAGCCAAACCGAAUGAGUUGGAAGACGGAUCGACUUCAAGACGAGUUCAACGCUCUCACCGAACGUGUGGGCCAACUCGCUGUCAAAUUGCGCAAUCUGCCAACCCAGUGGUCUGAUUUCGAUGAGAAGCUCUACAGCUUGGUUGAUUGGACUAACGAAGUGGAAAACCUAGUACGCCGUCUGCAAGCCAACCCAGACGAUACAAAGAUUGCAGACGAGGCUUCAGCAACGGAGUUGGCAGCUCGAUAUAGGGCCAUGCUCUCCCGUUUUGAGGAACUGACCGGAAUCACCAAAGAACAGGGUGCCUUGGCGGACAUGCUGAAUGCCACGUUGGCCGAUCUGUCCAUGCAAGGCGGUUUGUCUGCCACGGAGCUGGCCACCAAACGAGCGGUACUUGCGGCUGCUAUCGGAUCCUUGCAUGACUUGCGCGCAGAGAUGGAUGUUGUACUUGACCGGGCCCCGAUAAUCGCUGACAGUUUGGAGUUUAGAGCGAGUGCCGUUACGGAGCAACGCAAAGCCAAGCUUGUGCGAGCUGCAGUGGAACAGGCGGUGCAAGAUGACCUUGAACAACUGCCAACCGAUUUGGACUCCAUACGCCGUCUUUUGGCCGAACGUGAAGCGAUGGUUGCCCGCCUGGCCGAAGAACGAGAUGCCAGCUUGGCUGCGAUGCUUCAUAGAGGGUUGGGAAUGAAGACUAACGACAUUGUCGACUGGAUUGAGCCGAGUGAGACGGAAUUACGAGCUACAUGGGAGGAGGUGGACAAAUGUGCCGAAUUGGGAUUAGCUAGCCUUCGACAAACUGCUGAAGCACUUGAGCAAUUUGAAACAACGAAACAGCGUCUAACUGACUUGCUCGCUGGCACGAAGCAUCUGAUAGGGGGAGCGGCUAGUUCGACUGCUGCCGCGGCUCUGGUCAUGGCGCUACAGUCAGAAGAGGGCAAAGUGGAUGGCGACAAAAUCUGUCAAGCCUUAGGAAUCGACGAAGCUACAAAGGCCUGGGCAAAUGCUUCUUUGGCUUCAGGUGUGGCUGGAGCAAUAGCAGCAAGCGUGGAAGAAGCAACAAAGGCCGGGCAAAAAUCAGUCCGCGCACAAGCGGAUGCAGUUAAGGCACAGCUCGAAGCCCUUCAAGCUGCCGAAGCUGAUUUAGCUGCACUGCGUGCAGCAGCUGAUGUAAUGAAGUCACGAGCCAGUCCACAACGUGUAGCCCAAAUUGAUGAAAUGAUUGAGAAGCUUGAAGCGGAGUUAAGACAGUCUAGAGAAGAUUUAAACUUAAGACUUGCACGUCUUCGAACCUCUGAGGGGAAAUGGGAAGUAUUUUAUACUGGUUCAGUUGAACUCGAAAAGUUCUUGGAUGGAGCAGAAGAAAAGUUGUCCAAGGUGACCGAUGUCUUGCCACUUGGUGAAGGGGCCGUCCCGUCGCGUGAAUUUGGUGCUUCGGAGUCUGCAGCAAAGGCUGCGCUAGCUGAAGUGACUUCGUGGUCUAGUUCGGUGCAUUUGGAGUUGCAGGAGGUCGAGGCUGCAUUGCGACGUCUUGGAAACUUGAUUCCUNACCUUGAUUCCUUGUUUUUAGAGCUAACCGCUCUUGAUGCAGUCGAUCAGAAUCUAGGAGAUACUCAGCAGUUGAGUAGUGAAGUGACUCGUGCUCAAGCCAAGCUGAUGGGGAUGCAUCGACGACAGGCAGUCCUUGCAGAGGCAUUUCAUGCACAUCAAGCUUCUUUACAGAACCUGCAGUCACAGAUAACUAACUUCCUCAAUUUAGUCCCCGAUUUCGACAAACACAUCGCGGAAGCCGAACGUGUGGCUGAAACGCUUAGUCAUGCGGCCCUUCCUGAAUCAAUUGAAGCCUUCGAAGAGAUCCGAACUGCCCACAGUAAACGACAGACAGAACAUGAAACACAUUGGCGAAAAGUACGAGAUGAACUGGCAUCCAUCAACUUUCGAUUGACGAUGUGGCCCAGCCUAAAGGAAGCUACUGAGGCACUCUUCAAACGCUGGGAGAGCAUCAAUUAUUGGUUCAUUGAAGAGGGUCAGUAUCUGGACGACGUAUACGGCACAUGGAAUACUUGGCAUCGUGAAGCAAACGAGUUGAACGCUAAACUCAGCAGCAUUGAAAUUGAACUUGAGCGUGAGAAAAAUGACCUGGAUGAAAGACCUGAUUUUCCUGUCCAGCCAGACGGAGAACCCGAGAAGUCAACUGAGACUGAGCAACAGCGUUCCUCUGGCAGUCCAGUCGUACAGGACCUGGAAUCUCGCCUAUCGCGUCUCCGAACCGAACAAGAACGAUUACAAUUGGCCGAAGCAUUGUGGCGGUCUUUGAGCUCACACACAGAACGGUUAUUGCGCCAGUUGGUGAUCCAGCGGGAAAUACAAUGCGCCACGUUGGAUCAAAUCGAUGAAUCUAAGAUCCCACCACGGAGGUUGUCCCUAUUUCGGCGGGAUAGCUAUGCCAUUGAUAGCUCAACAUUGACUACGCAGCUAGUGAAUCCCACGACCAGUCCGCAUCCCUCAGCAAUCCGGUUUCGUGAGUUUGGGGAACGAGUGCAAAGGUUAGCACUUCUGUGGGAAAAACUGAAUACCCAUCUGGACGGAAAACUAGAUGCUCGUGACCGUCUAUUCCGUGAUAUUGAGAAGUUAAAUCAGUGGAUGGCCGUUUGCGAAAAACGUCUAGGUAAACUUUCCCGAGUUUGGGUGGCUGCGACGGCUCCUUUGUCCAUCUCACUGAGUGACAAGCCAACAGAGUCCGCAAUGAAACCCAGUGGAGAGCGUGAAGUCGAUCACAAUACGGCAGGAGUGGACCUUGCAGAAGCGCUGAACCAACUGAAUGCAAUAUACACCGAAGCCAAAGGUCCUCGCAUGAUGGCUUUGAGGGAAAUUGCUGUGCAAAUCGAGGGAGAAGGUGUUGAUCUUCGCGCUCUUUCCCAUCAGAGUGGUAGCAGGCCAGGAAGCCAAGUUACUGGAGACAGGCCAAGAUCUGGCGGCCGAUUGCGCAAUCAACGUUCUGUAUGCUUCGACAUGUCAAGUAUCUCACGUCAGAGUAGUGUGGAUGCUGCAGAUGAAAUCAAUAGGGCACUCCGCGAGCGAUUAAGACGUUUGGUUGGACGCAUGCGCCGUCUCGUCAAUCGAGUAUCCUGCCGCUGGUCUUCGUGUACGGCAGCUGUGACCUAUGAACAAGCACGGGAAUUGUGGCGUGAACAGGUCGUGGCUCUGGACAACCGCAUCAAAGGCGUCACGAGCACAUCCGAUAUGGUUGAGUUAAAGGUGGAAAUUAAAAAAAGAGAAACAAGUGCUCGAGAAACAGCGGGUGUUCCAAAUGAUUCAAAAUCUAACCAGGAAGUUAAGGCGGAAGGGCAAUACGUGAAAGAGGAAGGUACAGACUUGUCUACGCAGCGAAAAAAGGAACUUGGCAGCGACAUUGAACAAACUGAUUCGACCUUAAAACCGGAAGCGAAAUCUGAAAAGAAGAGGGCAGACAGUAUGGAAGAUUCCGAAGCACUGUUGUUUCAAGAACAGGUGUCCGAAUCUGGGCGAAACUACCAGAACGAAUACAAACUCGUGAAGGCUGAAAUCUCCAGAUUGAAAGAGUCGAUUGGGAACUGGCGGGGCACCAACUCUUGGUUGGUAAUUGAGGAGCUCGAGCCGCAACGUGUGACGGAAGAUUCGGAAGAAGCAGUUUUUCUGGACCCAAGGGUUUUGGACACGGCAGCCGUAUCGUCGGGUUUGAUGUUUGUAACCAGUAUUGAGGAUACCUGGGGAAUUGGUCGUCCAAGAUCAAAGGCUGGCGGUGACCAUUUGCAGGUUGAGCCAUUCAGCUUCUACGUUGAUACGGCUAGAUUCAUGACGGAAUGUGAUCGUUUGCAAGGUCGUCUUAAGGCGAACCUUGUGCAAGUUUUUUCCAUUUGUGAAAGCUGGCAACAGCUGUCUGAGGCACGUGACCGGAUAAUCGAACAGGCCAACAACAUGGAGUUACAUGCGCGGAAAACCUGUGCGGCUACGAGUGCUGUGGUCAACCCAUCUGGUGAAGCUAAGGGGCUGAUCGAGUGGGAGUCUGCAAUUUCUACCGUUCGCGAGAAGUUAAUUAUUCGCGGAACAUCGGAACGACCACCUUCAGAAUCUGAACCCCCAAGUGAACUGGUCAACGAAGCUUCGACCAUUGUUCAAAAACUUAGUGAACUACGCCGUCUAGGAGAUCGCUUAACUUCGAUUGCUCCAUCUCGUGGAACAACUGUGGACAGUCUUGUUUCUCAAGCGGUGCACUCUAUAUGGGGCGUUGGAAACAGACUGGGUGAGCUCGGAAGGCGGACUACAUCUUUGUCGCAUGCCCUUUUUCAGCGUGAGCAGGCAGUUGCUCAGGUUUCCGAAGUUUUGGAUCUACUAGAGCAGCAGUCUGGACUAAAUUCCAGUUCCACCAAAUCCAACUUAGCAAGUUUCGUAGCCGAAAAAGAUACCGAGGAGGUUGUCGAUCAAACCGACCUCGACAAAGUAGCCAUACAGACCUCACCAAUGCAUCAUCUCGACGUAGACACUUAUGAGGAAGCAAAACAAAAAUUGGAUAUAAUCAAAAGAGCCGAAACACAACUGCUUGGCAAACGCGACAGUCUGUUUACGAGACUUCAUCAAGUUUGUAUAGGCGCAUUUGAAGCGUAUCGAGAGUUUGAGGCUGAAAUUAGGCGGGAAAGUUCGGAACCCCAUGCAACGCUCGCUCAGUCUGAAAAAACAUCGGAACCAAUAGGUACAUCCUCAGUGGAUCCUCUGCGUGACCAUGUGAUUGCAAGAUGGCAACAGCUGCAAGACAGCCUUGCAACCACGCGUCAACAACUGGAAGUGCGCUGUGCAGCCCUCCUCUGUAUAGAAGCUGGAUUUCAAGAGUUAGUUGCCUGGUUAGACCCCACGGAAACUACUUUGGAAUCGUGCAGCUGCCAAUUGUCUGCCUCUGCCUGUAUUGCUGUUGCUGUGACAACGAUGGAAAACCAAGGCACCGUUAUUCCAACCGCAUCACUUGAGAUGGAGGCACUUGUGAACCCUCAGACUGUAUUGACUAAUUUCGCAACAGAAGUGGUAUACUAUGAAAAUUUGUUGGCCAGCGUGAAUUGUCGAGUCGAGGCCGACUUGCCGGAUCGUGAGAACAUUGUGCAGUCAGUUAGAGAAUUUGACUGGAGGAUGGAAAAGCUGAGAAAAACAGCCGAUCGUCUGGCGAUUCAGUGGAGCGAGGAAGGAGUACGCUGUGAUCAGCUCAGGUCAGAACUGGAACAACUACGUGCAAUGAUUGACAACGCGGUAGCUGAGUUGAAUUCAUGCAGCACAAGCAGUUCGGAUGACACAGGUACUCACAAUCUCACAUCAGGUGUCUCCCCUGGGUCUCUUGCAUCAAGCCUGAUAUUCGUUGAUGCUUCCAUUGGGUACACCAAACGAGAGAUUCACCGUUUAUGUGAGUUGGAAGCAGCACGUUUGAAACUCAGCAAUCUCCGUGGCCAUGCUUUGCGAUUACAUCGACGUGCCCAUUUGCUUGCAAGCGGACCUAGUCGUUAUCACUAUCGGUUCAUUCGACUGAAUAAAGAGAAAGUGGUAGACUCUGAAGAGCCCGGUGAACAAGAAACAGAAGAUCAGACUGAAACUGGUGGAGGAGCUGUGUUGUUAGAAAGCGAGGCUGUUUCUUUAGAGCAUCGCCUUGCCGGUUUGAUGGGAUCUACUUCCAAAGCAACGGAACUGGCUCAUCGGCGUGUGAAUCAAUUCUACAUAGAAGCACUGAAAGUUUGGAUGGCAUGGUACGACAAUUCAGAGCGUGCUCAAAGGCUCGCGCUCAGCCUACUACCGGCAGAAACGGAGGCAACAAGAGUCGACAUGCUGCAACCGCUCCUUGCUGAAACCAACUCAGGACGUUUGGUUCAGUACCUUAACACAGUUCUUCGUCUCGUCAAGCAUCAAAAUGUGACCUUGACUGAAGGAGAACAGCUUAUCGACAAGCUCCGAAGCAUGACUUUGCUCAUGAUUCGUGGUCAGUGGCUCGAGAAGGAGUUCGCCGAACAGAUUGGUUCGGAAUCGAACCGGCUCGAGGGUGGUGCUGAAAGUGAUCAUGAUGUCGCUCCCAGUGCGAUCGGAGCCAUGGCUCCUCCAACUGCUGAAGAAAUUUUGAAUACUUUGGAAAAUCAGGUCAGUCUUCCCACAGAACUGUCUACCCAACUGGCGCCGCAGACUCUUUCAGUGGACAUGCUUGAUCAAUUGUUGCUGGAUCACGAUGCAGCUGUGCAAGCUGUCAGUAAUGGCCGUAUCAUAUUAUCUGAGUGGACAAGUGAAAUGGUCAAGUUCGAAACUUAUCUCACCAAAGCUUUGGCCGAGGCUAAAGCAUCAUCCGAAGGAGAAGCAGAGUUACUGCAAGACACUGAGAACGCUGAAAAGCAGUUCUGCGCCUUGUUGAGGUGGACAACAGCCCCGACUCCAGCACUGUGCCAACAACGGAUGGAUGGAUUACAGAAUCUAAUGAGUCGGGUUGCAGAAUUGGAAACCAGGGUGAGGCAUACAGAAAAUAUGUUUCUGGGCAGUGUGUCAUUGAUACAACUGGCAUUUGGUAAAGACCAGCGGACGUCAGACACAUUGACUGGGAUAUCCCCCGAAACGGAGGAACGAACGAGCGAACAACAGCCGAGAUCGCGUAAUCUGAUUUUGGAUGAAGCAAAGACGAGGUUACGUUACCUCGGAGAAUACGUCACUGGUGCAACGACUCGAAUGGGAGAGCUUCUUGCUUCAUUAGAGGUGGAACAUCGUUGUCACGAAGAGGCUGACGCGUGCAUAGGCCAAUGGAGUGAACGUGCAGCGAGCAUUAUCGAACAAACUCGAGUAGUCGUGUCGACUAAAGAAGAAGCGGAAACGCGCCUCAGCUCAUUAGAGGUCUUCCCGUCGUAUUUAUCUCAUUACAAAGUUUCUCCUGCUCUCGUAACUCUCCCUAAUAUGCGCUUCUUUUCUGUUCAGGGUUUAUUCGUUGAGCGUGACGAGGUCUACCUGAAAAUUCAGGCGGCAGAAAAUGCAGCCCAAAAUGUUAUCGAUCUGCUCACGUUGGGCAGUUUUAUUGCUACGGGACCGUAUAUGAUGAAUCAGGUCAUGGAUUCGCCUAUAUCUAGAUCACAGAAACCUGUUUGUACCAUGCGACCCAUCAAUACACUCGUUCUUGUCCACUGUCGAGAAAACCUACGCGAAUCGAUACACCUCAGACAAUCUCAAAUGACAACGCUUAUGGAAACAUUGACUAGCGCACUGAGGCAGACGGAGGCAGAUGUUUCCCACUGGACUUCAUUUUCGGAAUGCUACACACGCCUAAAAAGUUGGAUUGAGAGUGUGGUAAAAGAAUGGAAUGUGCCGGAAGUCGCUGACGAAACUGAUGCUAAAGAGGUGGAACUGGUUUCAACAUUGUCACAGAAGCAAGCGUUACUGGAAACCUACAAGGGGCAGCUCCACUCCCUCUAUGGUAGCACGCUAUUAAACCAUUAUCCAUGCUAUUUUUUCUGCCAAUUUCAGGGACGGAUGCAGCAGCUACGCGCUCAAGAAAGCCUUUUGUCUGCCGUUUUGGACCGGAGUGCCCCCCUGAAACAGCCAGAGGAAGAUGAAAACCGUUCGACAGAGGUGGAAGGACUUAAAACGUGCUUCACACGAGCUCAGGACUAUGUUUCCAAACGCCUGUUAGUUCACGAACAGCGUGUUGAACAGCAUCGCCGUCUUAUGGACAUUGCAGGACAAUCCAUGGGAUGGAUCGAUACAACGGAAUCUCAGCUAUUGCAAAUUAUUGAUGCAGCUGAUGAGUUUUAUGGUUCCACUCGGAUAUCUUUUGAUAAGCAGUCCCAAUCGUACCAGCUCGAUGAUACGUCAAAAAGUUCUUCGGAAUCUUGUUCCAAAAUUUUUUCCGAGUUAAUCUCUCGCCUAACCGAAUUUGAAAAGUCAUACUCCAGUGGAUCAGAGCAGCAGACCCGUAACUUGGAGGAGGUGGCUUCGGUGGUGAUGAAGGAAACUUUGAACAGUGGUGAAAUCGAAUCAAUGCUGGAAUCCUUUAAGUCGAAUGUAAUCCAAAGGGUGGAGGAACCGAUGAAAUUCCAACUUGCAGUUCUGAUUCAACUAGACAGCUUGUUUAUGGAAACCAUUGAUCAACUCAACAGAUUUCACCAGUUCUUGUCCGCAUGCGGUCUCGUCCUGCAAACCAUCUAUAUUCCACUCACAACUGAGAGCCCAGUGGCUAUGGGAAGGUCACGUGACAUGCUACCAGAGACAUCAUCAGAAAAAGUUUUCUGUCUUACUCGGUUACAGCGACUCUUAAGUGAUCUUGAUGGUCAACAGUGUACUGAUCUGUCUUCUCUCUUGACGACAAAAUGCGACGAAUUAAGAGUGGCUUUGCGUCGUUUGGGCCGGAGCAAAUGUGGUGAGGCUGUUCAGUUCACGAUGGAGAAAAGUCUUGAUGCUCAGGUAAAAGAGCUUUUCGACAGACUGAACACAAUGAAGAAGUGUACCAACAGUGGUUUGAAUUAUUGGCAAAAGGCACUGGAUGAGCACAAAACGCUUGAAGAACUUAUUACCACGGCGCAGUGUGAAUUAGCAGAAGUGGAACGGGAAUUGGAAACCUCAUCUCCUGAUCUGGAAUCACUGGAGGCAAAAAAGUUGUCUUUCUGGCUUAAUGGUGAACUUGUGUACAUGUCCAUUUUAACCAGUUUAUCCCACAUCUCGGACCAGGUGGAUCGAUUUGAAACAAUUACGUACGAGAGAAUGAUUGAAACCUUCCGAGCUGUUGCUCUGACCACCGGAUUGGAGGGUCGGAACAGUUUUUCCGAAGCCAUUGAGCGUUUGAAGCAACAAGCCCAUCGAAUUUCGAUGACGGUGCUCGAACGCCGGGCACGUGUUGAUGCGGCCCUGGAUUUCCAUGUUCGAGUGCUGGAGGAGCAGCAUGCUCUAAGAAAUUGGCUGAUUAGGUUAGAGGAGAAGUUGAGUCAGAUUGAACAAACUUCAGACAAAGAUCAAUCAACGCGUGUCCUUCUGAACACGUCACAAUUUCUGUUCAUGUGGGACUCGAUGAAGGCAGACGCACAGCAUCGCACUGAACAGACCAUGUUUUUCAUUGUGCUCGGCCAAGUCUUUACCGGUUUUCAUCCAUUUGGUUCACAGAAGCUUCAACACGAGUUCCUUUCUCGACGUCAGCAGUUGCAGACAUUUUCAGAUCGACAAGACCAGGCGCUAACUACACUUAAGACAGAAUUAUCUGACUCUCUAUCGGUGUUCACCGCCGAUGAAAUAGACCAAAAGCUUUCUGUCCCAAAUCUGAAGGAAAUCCAUUCCGUGGGUUUGAAGAAAUGUCAGGAAUUUUUGGAAACUGAAUCGAAAAAGAUGAAUUCUCUGAAUGCUUUUGGCAAAGAUGCAAAACUUGUGCUGGAGUCUGUCAGCGCCCUAAUUGACGAGGUGGAAUUUGUGCUCAGUGAAGCAACUCCGCGACCCACUGAAUCGUGCAGCACCGUAAACUGGACUCGUCAAGCCCUGAAAUCACUCUGCAACCGCUUCCAAAGUGAAUUCAGCGAAGAUGUGUUCGGUGAGAUUGAUUCAUCCAUAAGUAGUCUGGCGGAUCAAGUUGCCUCUCUUGAACAUGGCUCUGUAGAAGAGGAGCUAGCAACACAGUUGAUUGAUGGCCUCCGGAGCCAGUCAAAGCAUGCAGCGCAGCGUGUCCUGCAGCGACGGAAGCUUGUGGAACACGUCCUCAACCUUUUCGAAGCAUUGAAUGAGGAGCUAUUGAAUCAAGACAGCUGGAUAGCUGCAAAUGAGACAAGUCACAUACUAACCAGUACAAUUCUACCUUCUACUCUAUCCGAGAAACAAGAUCUCGUUUUGGAAGCCACGAACCUUUUAAAUUCAGUCAAAGAACGGAAACGGGAACUGGAUGAACUGGAUUCCCGGAUAAACCAGCCCUUGGCGCUGAAUCAUGAAAAGAGUAAAACCAGAAACGGUUCGAUUCCCGGAACGCAAGAACCUGUUCACGAAGAAGAUGAAGAUGCCGGUAGUGUGUGGCUUCCAGAUCCCGAGUUGAUAGUCCACCUGACAGAAACUCGGCGACGUUUUGGUCGGCUUUUUGGAAGGGUUGAAGAAACUCUUAGUUACUUGGAAAAAGCUGUUUCACGACAUGAGCAGGUGGAGAAAAUAAUCGGACUGGUAGGCGAAACCAUUCUGUCUCUAACCAAGGACCUCGGCGAAUCAUACGGACGCGCUGUUGUUUUCAGGUCGAGAAUAGACGUUUCCUUACCUCCGGCAUCAGUCCUAACCAAUGAAAUAUCACAGUUGACCGAAACCUUACAACCAUCCACUCGAGAUGCCACCCAUAAGUUGGAUGAUUUGGAGGUUCAACUUGAACUGAUGCACUCGGAUACUUCUUUGGAAGCAGUGAGUGCUCUUCAGGGGGAAGUCAGGACGCAACGUGCGCGGCUUGCCUGGCUGGAAACAAAGUUCUACCAUGUGGUCAAUUCGCUUUCCGUUAUUAGGAACUAUAGCAUGAUUUUGGUUUCUGAAGUGAAAGGCGUCACAGAGAAAGUUUCCGCUAUCGAGAAUACUGCUCAGUUAAUUUGUGCCCAGCCACACCUAACAGAUCUCAGAGACGUACGGCAACGACUAGCAGCUUGGAGGGCGGUAUUGGAACGUUGCAAUGGACUGGAUGAAUUAAUCAUGGGAGAAUUGGGUCCCUUGCCAAUGACCCUUGAAAAAGUCCAAUGGAGGGAUGAAGAACUGGAGGCGUUUGUCCCAAAAGAGGUGACAGUACCUGAAUACGAGAGCAUCACUGGUGCACAUGUGCUAGAACAGCUUCAAGAACGACUGAGGAAAGUUCUUGAUACUGCUCAAAUUGCGGUUGAUUACCUAUCCAAGGUUGAUACAGUCAAGUCCCGGAUCGACCGGUAUUAUACGCGGAUUCAAUCGUGGCUGGAAGGGUGUCGCGGUCGAUUGGACCAGAUACCAAGUUACGAUGCGUCGUCAGAAACUGAGGACCGGACGACUGUAGAACGGUUGGAUCAGUUUACUGUCCAAUCACAUUUGGCAACAAUGCAAGAGCUGUCUGAAGUAAUGGCUCAAAACAAUCAGUUGAUUCCAGAGUACCGAGAAAGUUUUGAACAAUACAAGUCUGUCCUAACAGGAACCCAGGAACUGUUCUCGAAAUUCUCUCAAAUCGGUGCCGAUGGUUGCGUAGAUAUAAUGUCUGAGUGUGCCGCAAGCGUGGAAGCUGCUGAGAAACAACUGUUCACAGUCCAACAUGCAUCGGAGGAGCUUGACCAGCAUUUCAAGGCCGCUUGGGAAUGCCUUGUCACGCGACGCAACCAGCUGCAAACUGAGAUGACCCACCGACAAUGGAUUGUCAACAACUUACGGCAGGUUGAAGAGGAGUUUCGGUCAAGUACGCCUUUCAACCCAAAGUGGAUAGAAGUUGAACGUUCCUUGUUCCAAGUAUCGAAGGAGGAUGAAUCGAGUCAGACGCAUGUUCGGAAUGAAGAACAGGCUUGCUUGGAGAGAAGUCUGGAGGAGAUGAUUGUUGAACAGAAGGAGAUCGUGUCUUGGUGGGAUACAUUCCUCAACAAAUCCAUCGUCCAGGUGACGGAAGUUCAAUCAGUUUUGAAACAGUAUGAGCAUGAAAUGACCAGUGAAUCGGAUCAUCUUGAACGCGUGUUAGAUUUGAUUGAUAAGUCCAAGAAAAUCACCGAAUUCCACAAAGAGAGCCAAGAGAAUUUGGAAUCUCAACUGGCUUGUUGGAAAGAAUGGAAGGAAUGGUGGAUGCUCAGUAUGGCUUCAGAGCUUGCUUCUUCUGGUGGUCCAUGUGCUUUGGCUUCUAGCACCUCGGUCAUCACACCAGAUGGACAGCUAACAACAGUGGAUUUGAAAGAAGCCAACGAUCGGCUGGCACAACUGACCGAGCAAAUUCAACCCGAAGGAAGGGCACGACUCACCCGGUUGGAAGAGGCGGCCAAUCAGACAUCGAGCUUGGUCAAUAACCAGAAGGCUUCCAAUCUACUGACAGCACUUGGACAACAAAGUGGCUACAUUGUCCGCCUUCCUUUGCAUGUUGGCCUAACCGCCAGUCAGGUGCUCGUUCGGAACGCGCAGGCACAGUGGUCUAUUGCAUUCGGCGAUAUCCAGCUUGCAAGGGAACGUCUGAAGGCGAAACAGUCCCUGGUCGAAUCGCUGACUAGCACUUGCAAUGACUUACACGGUACACUGAUGCAGCUGGAAUCGGAAAUAAAUGCCAUCGAGUCUGCUUUUUCACCACUGGCAGAGAACCAACCAAGCACAGACUGUGUUCCAAAUUGGGAUGAUUUGUCUGUUGAAGAGCUGCGCACUCAGCUUCCGCAUUGGCCAUGUGCGGUGGAGACUUUGGUUGCAGAUGCCCUGACAGUCAGGAUGAACGCCCUUUCAGCCAUUGGCAAGAUCAUGAAAUAUGUUCAGUCAAUCGGUGAGCGGUGUUUUUGCCUGGAGAAAUCUGUUCAUGCGUUGGGAAUUCCCGAUGACGCACAGUUACGCAUCCCCCUCAAUAAUGGCUCCACGCUGAUCACGUUACCUGAACUGGGCAACAUCCAGAUGAGUCUGUACAAGCAUGCUCAGUCCUUACUGGCGCGCGUUGAAGCCAGCGUACAUACCCACCAUCAACUCACAGAAGUUUGGCGAUCGGUGUCCGAUUGGUUUGGUCAGCUAGAGCAAGGCGUUGAAAGCUAUACAAAUCUUUCUGGAGAUCGAUAUUUGUUGCAAGCGCGGUUAGAACUUGUGAAGACAUAUUCUUCGCCCGCGUCCCCAUUCAUUUCAUACGAACUCUGUCUUUUUUUUCAGGAUCUCGACAUCCUAGUACCGGACGGUACUAAGCGCCUUGAGGAUAUGCGAGCUGCUGCGAAUCUGUUCCUCCUCAAGCAUAUGAAUCCUCUCGAUGCGACAGAAACCACCACAUCAGGAUCACAAUUACGCACUGCUAUCCUACUCCAGACCAAAGAGCUCCAGUUGCGUUGGCACAAAGUGCAUGCAAGUAUUGUUCAAACGGUCAAUCGGCUGACCAAUGCAAUUGAAGCAUGGCAGAGAUUUGAGAAAGCACGUGAAACGUCUGAAUCGGCCAUUAUCCAGUUGGAACUCUGGUUGCGGGGACAAACAACUGUAUUAGUGGAGAGUAAAGAGGAGUUGUUGGAGAAAAUCCAAAUGAUACAGGCGAUCGCAGAUUGUCUGGAAUCAUCACAUCUUACCCAAUCACCCAGCAAUAUUCAAGUUCAAACUACCGAUCCUAUUGUCCAGUUAGCCUCUGACGUUCAUGAGUAUCUCGGUAAGCUUCGGUCAUCUUACGCCUGUCUACCGAACCUGGAGGAGUCAGUUGCCGAAGAUUCAUACGUAGAGGACACCGGAGACGACAGCCAUAAUCAAGUUGUUAGUCAGCUUACUGGGGCCAAAGUGCAUGAAUUACUGUCCCGUGUUCAACAUCUUGUUAAACUGACAAAAGAACUUUUGAACAUGUGGCGCAAUCGCCUGGAUGACUUCACCGUUUGGAAUGAGUCAGUGGCAAAGAUUGAGCAGUCCCUGAACAUGUUGUAUCAGAAGGUCAAUCAACUACGGACUUCCGCAAAUGCCGAGGAUGGGGUUGGUGAAUCGAGCCAGACUAUAGAGGAGGCUGUCGCUGGUCUUGAUCAGUUAUCAGAUGAUCGUACAAGAUUGGCAGUGAAAAUAACUGGUUUGAGAGAACGAGCAAAGACUAUGAUUCAAUUUACUGGGAACGCUUUCAGGAAGGUCGUUCAGUCGAAGCUGAGUGAUUGUCAACAAUCUUGGGAAAACCUUGGUUUGCUUAUCGAGCAGUGUGGGGUUGAGCUCAGAAGACGGCGUGACGCUUGGACAAAAGUUGCCAAUCACUUGAACGAUUUUGAAGAGUGGCUGAAAGCCAGUGCAACUGAACUCGAUAAACUCAUGCAAGAACGCCCGUGGCUCUCUGAGUUGAAACCGAGUAUAGAUUUGGAUAAAAGUGACACACAUUCCAGGCUAGAGGAGGAGCCUUACGGUACUGACAAGCGACAGGGUAUGUCAUUAGUAUUGAUGUUCAAUGGACACAAAGCCGAUGCGUUUGCUUUCAGGGAUAAAGUUCGACACUUCGUGGAAUUACUUGGCUCGCAACAGCCACAACUUGACCAGGUAUCUACUAUAGUGCACAACUUAGGGAGAGAGGGCGCAGCCCUUGGUUCAGGUCUGGACGAAGUUGUCUGUGAAACUAUGGGACACGUCAAUGUCCACUUUGAUCAUAUAUGUACGCGUGCAUCCUCACUUGCAGAGACUGCUAAAGCAUACUGUGGUGCUUUGGACAUCUUUACCAGUGAAUACGGCAUUUGUUGGAAACGGAUUCUUCAGUUUCAGAGCCAAUUUGAACGUGGUUUACAGGUUCAUGAUCAUUCUUCGGACGGCACCGUUGUUUCACAUACCGAUGAAGUCGAUGAUUACCUGGAGUUCUUGAAGAUGGCUUGUGAACAGCUAGGUCCAGUGGAUCUACUGGAGCUUUUGCUACAUGGGGAAUCCGUAACAGACACAGAAGGUCAAUCUACAUUGACUGCUGAUCUGGCUGAACUCACCGUCCACGCGACAGCACUCGAUAACUUCCAGUCGGACGUAAAGGAUCCAAAUCUGCAAACAACAGUGUUUCAACGAGCGGUUGAGAUUCUACUGCGUCAUACGUUACAGCUAGCGCGCUCAAUCCAAAGGCGCCUCAAGCAGUCAGCAGAUGAAAACACAUUACUAGAAGAGAUAGAACAACUUUGUGAAUCGCUUGAGGUCGAUUUGCUGGAAUGUGAUCAAACCCUCCAAGCUUUGUUUUCGUCAUCCAUGGUGGAAUCUGAGCUGGAACCUGAUGUAUCGAAUUUGGUGUGGGUUGAUUCGGCCAUUGAAAACUGCGUAGAGAGAGAGAACAGGCUUUCCACUCAGCUCCCGGAAUCAGAAGAGCGUCGAGAUAAAAAGUUACAUGGAUUGCAAGUUUUGCUCUCUAGACUAGUCAAGGGCACAGGACGAGUGUACUUGCAUGUCAAUCAACGUGUGACUAACUUGAGUACGAAACAUGAGCAAUUAUGCGCUCGAUCGAAAAGCUUUCAACUCCAACUGGGCAAAGAAAUUCAAGCUUGGAAAGAGUUUCAUCGUUGCUUUGGUCAGGCCGAUGCCUGGUUGUCUGAGGGCGAGAAGUGUGCCGGUGAUCUACUUUCCAAUAGAAAUGAGGAGUCAUCGAGUUUGGAUGACGAUGGUUUGCCAAAUCGAGCCGAGAAACUCGCGCAGCUUUUGGAUGAAUUGGAAAAAUUGGAGUCCGGUUUAACGGAACAUGGAAAGGAUGUUCGUGAUCAGGUUGAACAAGCUGUACACAACUUGAUUUUGAGUAUUGUACCUGUGUCCAGCUCAAGCACAAAGCAGAAGCGUGCAUGGACAGAUUCAUAUUUUGCGAAUUCACUCAGUCUGACUGUGGAUAGAUUUUAUCAACGUUGGGACGACUAUCGGAACCGAUUGCAAGCAUUACGUUCCGAACUUUGUGACCAGUUACUUGUUCAAACAGAACUUGUCAGUGCUUUGGAGCGUGUCGAUCGUUGGAUUCGUUCGAUGGAGGUGCACCUGGAUCUUAUUGAUCGUGAUAUGACCUCCCAUCUUCCAGAAAUGUUUGUUCGUUUGAAGAUGCCCGGUAUGGCUUUGAACAGGGAACAGUUGGUUACUGACUUGGAGACCUGGUUCCGACCCAAGGUUCAAACUAUGGAGCUGCUGUUGGCUGAAGUCAAGCAAUAUGCAGAAAGUGACAUGAAGCAGCUGGAUAGCCUUGUGUUGACAACCGCAGCCACAGAGCAACUGGCGCGGGAUAGGUUGAAUCAAAUAUCAACAAGAACUCCACAACUGGAUGCACUGAACUUUUCGCAGUCCAGUAGUGAGCGGGCCAACAAGCUGUGGAGAGAUGUUCGUGCAGUAGAAACACGACUCGGGACGAUGGUUUCCGAAACGGAUAGCCUGUGUAAUCUGUGCACAAAUUUUGCGGAAUAUCUACACGAUGUCCAGCUGUCGAUCGUCGAUUGCCGCCAAAAUGUACACAAGUGCGUUGCUGAAAUGGAAAGGUUGACGCAACCAUCAACUUCGGAAGAUCAACCAUCCCCAAGUCUGCAGUCAAUAACAGAAAAGCUAAAUAAAAAAGCCACUGAAAUCUCCGGACUAAAGGCCGCUACCUUGAAGGAACAGGAAAGCAAGCUGAAACUUUUACACUCGGCAAAUAUUGAUAUCAAUAAACAGCUAGAAAAAAUGGGAAUCCCAUCUGGUACCCUACUCGUUACCACUGCCGCUCAAGAUGUGAAAACUCUUGAAACCUAUUUGACUGACCUUAUGGUUCAACUGGGAAGGUGGAUUUGUCAGUGGUCUGAAUUCGCCAAAGGCUUCGAUCAUUUAGCUAAUUGGCUAGCUGACACUGAGGCGGCAAUCUCCAUGGCGAUCCAGUCCGAAAUGGAUGAGGCAAAAACUACUAAACUUCGACUUGAAGGAGUGGGUAGCAUUCAUCAGUUGUUGAACCAAUCGAAAAGUCAUAUGGAACUUGGAGAGCAGUUUCAUGAAAAGCUUAUUGAGAAGCAGCUUGUUGUGGAGAAUCUGGUCUCUCUAGCUCGCACGUUGGUGAACAGCCGAGUAAAUUGUUGUGAUCAGCGAGCACCAGGAUUGACAAAGGAUGACAUGAUUGUACUCAGUUCUCCGACCGUACCAUCUUCUGUGUCUGGUGAGGUUGCUGUUGUACGCGCCACUCGGCUUACUCAACGCUAUCAUACAUUGUUCAGUUUGUGCGACAGGAGAAUUCAACUCAGUAAGACCGCUUUUCGAACUACAGAACAUCUGUUAUCGGCCUGUGAGGUGUACGAUCGGUGGGCAAAUGAACUAAGAGGCCAGCUAGCUUUGGUGACCAAGCAACUGUCGGAGCCACUGGAGUUGGAUGGGGGCCAAGUGACCAGUGCAGCACGUCUGGUCGAACCCCUUCGAUUGCGUGCCCUGACGCUAGCCAAUAAAAUUCAAUCCGGUUCGAAUCUCGUGCAAAGCGCGUGUGAUUGGACCAGCCGCGUUUCUGCAGAGCUUCAGCUUCAGCGGAGACAAAGGAACGUGGAGUUCCAGUUGUUAAGAAGCACCUCAAGGUCGGCGGAAUUUGGGAUCAGUGGACUGGAGGCAAGCACAGACCAGAGUGAACAGCGCGAGGCGGAAGCACAAACUACUGACCUAAACCAAAAGAUUGAAGAGUCGUCUAUCUAUGUAGUUCAUAGUUACGCCACUCUGUGUGAGCAGGUAGAGGCUGUCCGAAAACAAGUAGAUAAGGUUCUUAUUGAUAUCACCACCCAGAACACUGCUCAACAAAACAUUUCUUCGUGGCUCAUGGGUACCGAAAAGCAGUUAAUGACCGUAAUACAAUAUGCAGCUCCCGCAACUAUUGCUUUAUCACUUACACAGGUCUUUGGUGAAUUUGACAAAUCCCUACAGUUUAUUGAUCAGAGAACGGCAGAAGCAUUGGAACAGCUGGGUGAACUACGAACAAAUAUGGUUCAGUACGAAGCUAAACUUAUUCGUCUCGAGUCCUUCGAAAGGACCUCAAAGACCGCGGACAGUUUCUCUAUUCAGGAGCGUUAUGCACGUCUCGGGUCAGGAAUAGACGAUUGUCGUGAAGAACUUACGAACCGACUGAACAUGAUCAGACAAUUCCAGCAAUCGGCUGACGCGUUCGCGACUUGGUUAGUGGAGGUGGAAGGUCGACUGGACGGUUUGACCGGGGCAGACGGUAUUCCGUUGAGCGCUGAUGGCAAAAUAGGACGUCCUGAUGGCUCUACGGAACAUGUACUGAACCUGGCAGAUGCCGAACAGCGUCUUGUCUUGCUGGACCAACUAGGACUGUCAGUUCAAGUACGUGGAUACCCGUUAUCUAAAAGGACGGCGGAACUUGGCCAGCAACUUACGGCUAUCUUUCGUCUUGCCGAAGAAUCCACAGAUUUGGACCAGUCUGUAUCCACCACGGAUUGCUGUAAUCAAGUCAGUACUCUCAUACAAGAUCAUGUCGAGGAGCUACAAUGUCGCAUGAUGCGGAUUGAGGAGGUCCAUCAAAAUGCCACCACAUGGUUGACAGAUUUAAUCUACGCAUGGAGUGAUUGUUUCAGUUUGAUGGAUCAGCUGGGAGACUGGAUCCGUCGCACCACCGUCACGACACAUGAAGCGGCGCAGCAACGGUUGAAGUCAUUCGAUGACAAGUGGCAACUGACAUCUAAAUUAGAG